AUGGUGGGACCAAAUUCGCUCAUCGUUGAACACCACGUUCCUUCUUCGUUCUUUCUUCCUUUGUGUAAAAUACCGACACAGAUUGAGAUGCGGGUGUCAACUCUGACAUGUGCAAUCUAUUUGUUCAUCCUUGCAACAUGUAUUCAAGUAAAAGCUGAGAAAUCGCACCUGGGAGUGGACAGCGACAUUAAUAAAGAUGCAUCAGAUUCUAAAGAAAUUACGAAUAUUCAUCAACACUCGAAGUUGAAAUUUGAUAAUACAUCACUGAUUUUGGAAAAUCUUUCUGCAGACAUUAGUGCAUUUGGAAAUAGCACAACACUAUUGUAUGAAUUACAUGAGAUUGAACCAUUCAUCGAUCGUUUCAAAAAUCUUACUGACAUUCUUCUUCAAAGCGAUGAAAAGGUAUUGCAACCAUUAAUCAUGAUGUUGAAGCAACUAACCAAUAUUUUAAGGACAUCUUUUAUACCUAAAUAUGAAAAGGGAACUACUUUUCGAGACAAUAUUGCUUUCUUAAUCGCUUCUGAUCCAAUAUUAGGAUUGAGAGUACACAACACGAGUGGCGAAGGUUUUAUGAACUCAUCAUUUGAAUAUUUAUAUCAAAUCCCUAGUGCUGAAUCGGAUUACUAUUCGAUUAACAACAGUGACGCAGUGGUUCUAAUUCAAUCUUCAGUGCAGGGUUUUAUUGUAUUACGUCAAGACUAUAAUAUAACCAAUAGUACAAUUGAAAAUGGACUGAUUAACAGUAUCAUCCUUUUCGUUUUUCGGGACAUAAUAUAUACUUCUGUACAGUCUACCACACAUAAUUGUUUGAAUUUGGAAAUGGCCCAGUCUGCUAGAGAAAGCGGUUGGCGGUGGGAUGGAAGAUGUAGUAGUUCUAAGAUGUCGACGUCGGGGCGAUGGCUCUGCAAUUGUAUUAACUUGAUCUACCCAUAUGAGUGUAAAUUGCACGACACAGUGCCGCGAGACUGCAUAAGUGCGAUGUGGUGGCGCAGCGUUCAGGGAGACCCGGUGAAACGGCUAACCGCUGGCCGCCCGCAGGUUGUUGGGUUCCCGGACCCAGGGAUUACUUAA